GACGCAGGAAGGCCGCCUCAUUGGCCCGCGCAGCCGGGACUCCCGCGGCUUUUCUCUUAGUGAUCAAGGCGCCGACCCACUUCUCUCCCUCCAGCCGAGCGCUCCCUUUCUUCCGAGGUGCCCGGCGCUGCCAGCCCGAAGGAGUCCGGACUGAGUUUGGCGGGGUAACUGCUCUGAGGCACCAUGACAACCCUGGAUGAUAAGUUGCUGGGGGAGAAGCUGCAGUACUAUUACAGCAGCAGUGAGGAUGAGGACAGCGACCGCGAGGACAAGGACGGAGGCAGAGGUGCCCUGGCUGGCAGUUCGAUGCCUGCGGAUGCUGAGUUGGCAGGCGAAGGCAUCUCAGUUAACACAGGUCCGAAAGGUGUGAUCAAUGACUGGCGCCGCUUCAAACAGUUGGAGACAGAGCAAAGGGAGGAGCAGUGCCGGGAGAUGGAGAGGCUGAUCAAGAAGCUGUCAAUGACCUGCAGGUCCCAUCUGGACGAAGAGGAGGAGCAGCAGAAACAGAGGGACCUCCAGGAGAAGAUCAGUGGGAAGAUGACUCUGAAGGAGUUUGCCAUGAUGAAUGAGGACCAAGACGAUGAAGAGUUUCUACAGCAGUACCGGAAGCAGAGAAUGGAGGAGAUGCGGCAGCAGCUUCACAAGGGGCCCCAAUUCAAGCAGGUUUUUGAGAUCCCCAGUGGAGAAGGGUUUUUAGACAUGAUUGAUAAAGAACAGAAAAGCACCCCCAUCAUGGUCCAUAUUUAUGAGGACGGCAUUCCAGGGACCGAAGCCAUGAAUGGGUGCAUGAUCUGCCUUGCUGCGGAGUACCCAGCUGUCAAAUUCUGCCGGGUGAGGAGCUCAGUUAUUGGGGCCAGCAGUCGGUUCACCAGGAAUGCCCUUCCUGCCCUGCUGAUCUACAAGGGGGGCGAAUUGAUUGGCAAUUUUGUUCGAGUCACUGACCAGCUGGGGGAAGAUUUCUUUGCCGUGGACCUUGAAGCUUUUCUACAGGAUUUUGGUUUGCUCCCAGAAAAGGAAGUCUUGGUGCUGACGUCCGUGCGUAGCUCUGCCACCUGUCACAGUGAGGACAGCGAUUUGGAAAUAGACUGAACUGAUGAUCUAGUAGCAUAGAUUUCUCAUUGUUUGGGCUGGAAGACACAUGUCUGGGUGUUAUUUUUCUUCCUUCCUGUGUCUUCUGGCUUUUCAGCUGUUCUUUGUAGUGUGUCUUAUAAGUAAAGUCAAGAAAUUCUUAGAUUAAAUCAGAGUCCUGAAUCACCUUGUGGCUAGCAAUAAAGUAACUUAAAAUUGUAUAAACAGGAAGCCAGGCUUUUGAACUGUUUACUUAAGAUUCUCUAGCAGAACGUCUCUGUUAUUGUUUCCAGUCAAUAUUUACAUAGCAUCCUAAAGACAGUGUCCUGGAGAUUGUCUUCAGAUGAUCUCAGAGGUCUCUGUCAGGUCUGGGAGUAUAAUUCUGUAGUUAGUGUGUUAUUUGCAACAUAAAUAGUGCAUUUCCUUCAUCAAAUGAUUGCAAAUUAUAUUUACUUGUAAUCAGACCCAUAGUUCUAGAAGGCAGUUGACACUUGUUUCCCUUAGACCCUGUUCUCUACAAGGGUCCUGUUUAAAGGUUCCAGAUAAUGUGGGUUUGCCCCAUCAAGAGGGGUGACCUCUGUUGCUGGAGUCAGUGUCCCGCUCAAGCGUUAUUAACUCUAGAAACGGAGGAAGGAUCAAUGCUGACUGCCCUCUUGACACUGGAAGACCAGAUGGACUUAAAAAGUAGAGCUGGGUUGGAGCUGGAAAAGCUUUUUUAAAGGAGCAUCUUUCAAUAAGAUGCUCCUGCUCAUCUCUUUAUCUCUCCUUUAUUUAACAAGGUAACUUUUUUGUUUAAUGUAGCUUUUUUAAAACCUUUUUUUUGGCCUAUUGGAAAAGUAACUAAUACUCAAUAGAGGAAAAUUUGCCAAAAUAACAGAAGCAAAAA